GAAAUAAAUAAAGCAAAGUUCAAUUGAAAAUUAACUUACAUCGAAAUUAAAAUUUAAAAUCAUGAAAUUAUUUCUCUGUCUGCUGUGCUGCUUUUUGGUCUUCUUGCUGGCCAACCCAGAGAAAACUGAAGAGCGAUGCAUGUUUAAGGCGGAUGCCGGUCCGUGCAAUGCCAAGAUCACAAUGUUUGCCCAUGAUCCCUUCGAAGGUGAGUGCAUAGAGUUUCUAUAUGGCGGCUGUGGAGGCAACCCGAAUCGCUUUGAAACAGAAGCCGAGUGUCGUAGUGCUUGCAAUGUGUCAGAAGUGUUCAAAUAGAACUCUGAAAUAAAUCUUUUGUUAAAACUUA